AUGUCGCUUCUUGGGUUGAUUAUACUAAUAUCCGGAGCGUCCUUGGCCUGUGAAGCCGGUCAUGUCCUCAUUUCGCCCAGUUCUUUGGAGCCAGUUCAUCGGGAAACAAUGAAACCACUGGCCGAAGAACUUAUCAAACGAGGUCAUCAGGUCACUUGGUUCGAAUAUGGCCUCCAAAAAGUAAGCCUGCAGAUCCAAUUAAUCAGCAUGUUACAUUCUAGCCCCAGAAACAAUUUCAAAAACCCUUUUUAGUCAUUAUGAAAUCAUCUUUUUUUAGCCCACAGACCCUCUUCCCGCCAAGGUGAAAGAGGUUUAUGUCGAGGUCAGCGUGCCGGAUCAAGGAUUAUACGAUCUUUAUGUCCGCAAAAAUCAUUCCGAAUUCAAACGCCAAUGGGAUCCCGAGUAUUGGAGUGACAAUGAACGCCGGGAUCACUGGAUCAACUCCGUCAAGAUCUGCGACCGUGUGUUGAGUGAUAAGAAAUCGAGGGCGAUAUUCGAUAAACUGGUGAAGACCACUUUUGAUGCGGUGGUUGUUGAUGACCUUUACAAUCCAUGUGGACUGUUGCAUACUGGUGAGAUUUGAAUUUUGAGGGUGAAAAAUUUACUUCAAAUUUCCCUGCUUCUCUUCUACUUUUAUCAUUGGUUAAAAUAAGGUAUUUUACCGUGACUUUUAGCCCUUCAAAAGUCAGUAUUCGUAUACUGGUCCAUAACCGGUCUCCGGACAGAAUCAGCAUGGUCCCACCAUUCCCCCAGCCCUCCCAGUUACAUUCCAGCCCCCGGUUCUGGUCUCACCGAAGAAAUGGAUUUCCUGGAACGCUCCAAAAACCUGGCCCAAUACGCCCACAAUUUGUACACCCAUCACAGAGUGGUUCUCCCGUUGGUCGAUGAAUUGGCCAAGAAACAUUUCCUGAAUCACAAAUUGCCCGAGGCGUUUUACAUGGAAAGGAAUGCCAGUUUGAACUUUGUGAACCACUUCCCAAUCUUCGACUUUGCCCGGCCUUAUAUGCCAAGAGUCAACUUUGUAGGCUGCACUCAUUGCCGAAAGGCCAAGCCAUUGGAUAAGGUGGGAACUAACUGAUUUUAGAGUAUAAAUUAAAUUUUUUCCAGAAAUUUACUGAUUUCAUUGCCAAAUCGAACGAAGUCGAUGGGUUUGUUGUCAUCAGCUCUGGCCAUUCCGCUCAAUGGAAGCAUGCCCCAGAAGAUGUUAUUCAGAAUCUAUUGGCUGCUAUCAAAUCCAAGCCGAACAUCCAAUUUAUCUGGCAAUUCGAAGGCAGCCUCACGAAUGCCCCAAGCAAUUUAUUGACUGUCAAAUGGCUGCCUCUUCAAGAUCUGUUGGGUCAUAAACAAUGUAAGGCUCACAUUUCCCAUGGCGGAGUCAACAGUGUAAUGGAGAGUGUUUGGCAUGGAGUUCCCGUGAUUGGAUGGCCAUUGACCAUAAAUAAUAAGGACAACUUGUUGAGGGUGACUGCUAGACAUGCUGGGUUAUUAUUGAGUACAAAGAGGCCGAGUGAGAAGCAGAUCAUCUCGGCUUUGAAUAGGAUCUAUGUUCAAACCUUCAAGGAAGAAGCGUUGAUCUUCCAGGUAAUUAUUUAAACGAGUCUUAAAUACCAAAUUCAGGACAUGGUAACUGAUGUCCCAUACACAGAAUUAACUCAUGCUGCAUUCUGGGUUGAAUUUAUCAUCCGCCAUCAAGAAAUUCCCCAUGCUCGAUCAGGAGCUGAUGAUUUGAAUAUUUUGCAAUACUUCCUGGUCGAUGUAAUCGCUUUCCUAUUGUCAACCAUCACCCUCAUCGUCUAUAUUAUCCAUCACACAUUGAAACUCUUGGUCAGAGGGCUGAUCUGGCUGGUGGUUAGCGCCUUCCGAUACGCCUUCUCCAAGAAGCCUAAGGUGGAUAAGAAAAAGAAAACCAACUAA